AUGGCACAGCUAAGCAAAGAAGCCAGUGAUUUGAUGGCUCGUUUGAACAUCAAAGAACCUGCAAAAAAGGCAUCUGAGGACAAUGACACAACAUCUGAAACUAAGGUUGAGAAGGAAGAUGCUAAAGAGACUAAAGCUGAAGAACCAGCAAACAAGGUUAUUAACUCUGAAUACGAAGUGAAGGUUAAUCUUGCCGAUUUGCAGGCAGAUGCAAACUCACCAUUGUAUAGUGUAAAGUCUUUUGAAGAGCUUGGUCUAUCUGAGGAGCUUUUGAAAGGGUUGUAUGCAAUGAAGUUCCAAAAGCCAUCUAAGAUUCAAGAGAAAGCUUUACCAUUAUUGAUUAGAGAUCCUCCACAUAACAUGAUUGCACAAUCACAAUCUGGUACGGGUAAGACGGCAGCAUUUUCAUUGACAAUGUUGACUCGUGUAGAUCCAAAUGUCAAUUCAACACAGGCCAUCUGUCUAUCACCAGCGAGAGAAUUGGCUAGACAAACUUUAGAAGUUAUCCAAGAAAUGGGUAAAUUUACUAAGACUUCUUCACAAUUAGUGGUUCCGGAUUCAUUCGAAAGAAAUAAGCCGAUAACUGCAAACAUAGUUGUCGGUACACCUGGUACAGUUCUCGAUUUGAUUCGUAGAAAAAUGUUAAACUUGGGAUCAAUCAAAGUCUUCGUGUUGGAUGAAGCAGAUAAUAUGUUAGACAAACAAGGUCUAGGUGAUCAAUGUAUCCGUGUGAAGAAAUUUUUACCCAAGACAUGUCAAUUAGUGUUGUUCUCUGCCACUUUUGAUGACGGGGUACGUCAAUAUGCCAAGAAGAUCAUCCCAACUGCAGUUUCUUUAGAAUUACAAAAGAAUGAGGUCAACGUUAGUGCCAUCAAACAAUUGUUCAUGGACUGUGACAACGAAGAACACAAAUACACAAUAUUAUCUGAACUUUAUGGUCUAUUAACCAUUGGUUCUUCCAUUAUUUUCGUGAAAACAAAGCAAACUGCCAACUUGCUAUAUGCAAAACUUAAAAAGGAGGGCCACCAGGUAUCAAUCUUGCAUGGUGACUUACAAAGUCAAGAUAGAGAUAGAUUGAUCGAUGACUUCAGAGAGGGUAGAUCCAAGGUCUUGAUCACAACAAACGUUUUAGCUCGUGGUAUCGACAUACCAUCCGUUUCCAUGGUCGUCAAUUACGAUCUCCCUACACUACCUAAUGGACAAGCAGACCCUUCAACCUAUGUUCAUAGAAUCGGUCGUACCGGUAGAUUUGGCCGUACCGGUGUGGCUAUUUCAUUCAUUCACGACAAGAAAUCGUUCGAAGUACUAUCGGCUAUACAAAAGUACUUUGGUGAUAUCGAAAUUACUAAAGUCCCAACCGAUGAUCUGGAUGAAAUGGAAACCAUCGUUAAAAAAGCUUUAAAGGCCUAG